AUGAUAGAAACAUCCAUCACACCCACAAGCGACUGGCGUCAGCUUGUCACCAAGAAACAACAGGAGCUCCAUCAAGAGAUUCCAGUCGAAUGGCGUCUCAGCGAAGAGAUCCUGGUUUCAGUGCAGGUGUCGUCUCCCGAGGGAGUCCGUUUGAUUGACGCCGAUGUCCCCCGGCGUAGUGGGAUUCUCUCUGAGAUCGAGUUGGACAUCACCGAAAACUAUUCUGCCCGAGGGCUUUUACAGAAACUCUCCAAGGGGGAAGUUGACAGUUUGACUGUAACAAUAGCUUUUUGCAAACGGGCAGCAAUCGCACAGCAGCUGACCGCUUGCUUGACAGAACAAUUCUUUUCCAGGGCAUUAGACCGGGCAAAGUAUCUAGACGAGUAUUUAAAGCGGGAGGGGAAACCCCUCGGACCUCUGCAUGGUCUACCGAUUAGUUUGAAGGAUAGCUUCUGUCUCGAGGGUGUCCAAAGCACGGUUGGAUACGUGUCAUUUCUAAAACACCCCCCCGCAACAUCUAAUUCACCGCUGGUCGAGAUGCUCUUGGAUCUUGGGGCGGUUCUCUAUGUGAAAACCAAUAUCCCCCAGACCAUGAUGACAGGAGACUCUGAAAACAACAUCUUUGGCCGCACCUUAAAUCCUCAUAAUACAAGCCUCACGGCCGGAGGAUCCAGCGGAGGUGAAGGUGCCCUCAUCGCAUUCCGAGGUUCUAUCCUCGGCGUUGGGACAGACAUCGCCGGAUCAAUCCGCAUCCCUUCAUUAUGCUGCGGCGUAUAUGGAUUUAAGCCCACUGUUGACCGUAUCCCUUUUGGUGGCCAGGUCUCCGGUGCCAUGGAAGGACUUCCCGGCCUCAAACCCGCUGCAGGACCGCUUGCUCAAACUUUCGACGACAUUGAGCUCUUCAUGUCGACCAUUAUUGAUGCCCAGCCAUGGAAGUACGAUGCAACUGCUUCUGCUGCACCCUGGACAACAAAGCUCUCUUCCAGUCAAUCCUCGAUGCUAACUAUCGGCGUUCUACCUGAAGAUCCUCAAUUCCCUCUCCAUCCACCUGUUCGGCGCGCCUUGGAUCUCACCAUCAAGAGUCUCACCGAGAAAGGCCACCGCAUUGUCCACCUACCAAGCUGCCCAGCCACAGAUGUUGCCUAUGCCAGCCGUCUCGCCUUCCAAUCCUUCAUUUUCGGGCCGCAAAUUGACCACAUGAAAUCCAGCGGCGAGCCUCUCGUUGCCUCUGUCGCACAGGCCUCUUCACCAUUAUUCACCGGCGACUUCCCUGUAUCAAUGGAGUUGGAUACAUUCAAUCAGAUCAAUGAGCUACAAAUCGCAAGGGAAUCCUACAGCGAUGCUUGGCGGAAGCUAUGGGUAGAGCAUAAUCUUGACGUAGUCGUGGCGCCCGGCGCGCAGAACACAGCAGUACCACAUGACACCUACGGAUGGCCGCCGUACACCGUGAUGUGGAACGUGCUUGACUAUCCUGCUUGCAUUAUUCCUACUGGAAAGGCCUCUAAGGAACUGGACCCCGAGCCGAUGAAGGUCGAAGAUGCUGUCCAACCAAGUUAUGAUCCGAGCGCUGUCGAUAGAGCGCCUUGUGCGAUUCAGGUAAUCGCACCGCGGUUCCUGGAUGAACAAUGUCUGUUCGUGGCAAAGAUCAUUGAUAGGGAUAUUCGCAAGUGA